GGUGGCCGACGGUACGGCUCGGUCCGUGACGACUGGGCUCCAUAUAGAAGUGCGUUCCGACGUGGCCGCCAGUUUCGUCCCGCUGCCCUUCGGAUAUCGUCGUUCAGCAAUCAUGAGAUUUCUCUUUUUAAUCCUCGUCGUGGCACCCGUGCUGGGAAGGGAAUUCCACAGCCAUAUUCGCGAACGGCGACAAGCGCAGAACCCCAAUUACCGAGCUUACAAUCAAGCACCGGCAGCGAUCAAGCAGAUAUUGGCCGCGCAGCAGUAUCGCGAUCCGAUCGUUCAUCUUCCGCCGCAACCGGUGCCAAAUCUCGCGCCUUCAGGACCCAUUGAGCCUCAGUAUUUGCAACAAAACCAGCUGUCUCAGUAUCGACCGAACGUACAAAUAGGUCAGGCGCCUCAGCAGCCAACCUAUAAGCAGAUUCCCGUAAGACCAGCCCAAUACAGUCCGCCGCCCGGCGCCGCAGCCCCUCCACAACAAUAUAAUUCACAAUAUCAUACCAAUUAUGCACCGCAACCUCUGCCGCAGCAGCAAGCUGUCCAGCCUAAUUAUCAAUAUUCUAGAAAUCUGCCACCGCAACUUCAGCAGCUCGUACAGAUCCAACAAAACCUACCUAAUGCGAUUCCGAAAGGACAACAAGGAUAAUCUGUCUAAUUAGGGCAUCGGGACGAUAAUAUCUAUAAGACGUCGUUUCCUUUUUGUAAGAACAUCAUUCCUCACAUAUGGUUUCAUCCAUUGCAUUCAUCAGAUUUUACUAGUGAAUUCAGGAUCUAUUCGUAAUCCUCGCUGAAAUGCAAAAAUACUAAUAGCUGC